GUACUAGAAGGCACCAUGACGUCACAUCCUCGCGACGCACAUGUGAGUGUGGUGCGAGGAGGAGAGAUGGCUGCCGACAGGCUGCAGUUUCAUGAAAUGGGUUUAGACGACCGUCUGUUAAAGGCGGUGGCAGAUCUGGGUUGGUCCCAGCCGACUCUGAUCCAGGAGAAGGCCAUCCCGUUGGCUCUGGAGGGGAAAGACCUCUUGGCUCGAGCCCGGACCGGAUCUGGAAAGACGGCAGCUUAUGCUGUUCCUGUUAUACAGAGAAUCCUGACGUCCAAACAGAGCGUUCGUGAGCAGGAUGUGAGAGCUCUGAUCCUGGUUCCCACCAAAGAACUGGGUCAGCAGGUCCAGACCAUGAUGAGACAGUUAACGGCUUACUGCUCGAGAGACGUCCGAGUGGCCGACAUCUCCGGCAAAGCCGACCUGUCGGCACAGAGGCCGAUCUUGAUGGAGAAGCCUGACGUGGUCGUGGGGACGCCGUCCCGCGUGCUGGCCCACCUCAACGCCCAGAACCUGGUCCUGCACUCGUCCCUGGAGACGCUGGUGGUGGACGAGGCCGACCUGCUCUUCUCUUUUGGCUUCGAGGCAGAUCUGAAAAACUUGUUGUGCCAUUUGCCGAAAAUCUAUCAGUCGUUCCUGAUGUCGGCGACUCUCACCGAGGACGUUCAGGCCUUAAAGGAGCUGCUGCUGCACAACCCUGUGAUCCUGAAGCUGCAGGGCUCUCAGCUGCCGGACAGCAACCAGCUGCAGCAGUACAGCCUCAAGUGUGAGGAAGAGGACAAGUUCUUGCUCAUCUACACGCUGCUGAAGCUGCGGCUGGUUCAGGGGAAGACGCUGGUGUUCGUCGGAGCCGUAGACAGAUGUUACAGACUCAAACUCUUCCUGGAACAGUUCAGUAUUCCCGCCUGCGUCCUCAACUCGGAGCUGCCCGUCCACUCCAGGUGUCACAUCAUCACUCAGUUCAAUCAGGGCUUUUACGACUACAUCAUCGCCACGGACGAGCAGAGUUUAGCCGACCCGACCGGCGCUCCUCAGACUGCUGCAGGCAAAGGGAAGAAGAAGAAGAAGACCACAGAGAGAGGAGGAAAGGCGAAGGAUAAGGAGUACGGCGUCUCCAGAGGCGUCGACUUCCAAAAUGUCGCCAACGUCAUCAACUUUGAUUUCCCCACGACCGUCGAGUCCUACAUCCAUCGAGUGGGAAGAACGGCGAGAGCAGACAACCCCGGCACCGCUCUGUCCUUCAUCUCUCACACUGAGCUUGCUCUGCUGUCGGAGGUGGAGGAGGCUCUCACAGGAGAAAACGCUGAUUCUGCUCUGAAACCGUAUCAGUUUAAGAUGGAGGAGAUCGAAGGCUUCAGGUACAGGUGCAGGGAUGCAAUGCGUUCAGUGACGAAGCAGGCAGUGAGGGAGGCCAGACUGAAGGAGAUCAAGCAGGAGCUGCUCAAUUCAGAAAAACUCAAGACGUAUUUUGACGACAACCCCAGAGAUCUGCAGCUGCUCAGACACGACAAAGAUCUGCAUCCUGCUGUCGUCAAACCUCACCUGAAGAACGUCCCUGAGUACCUCAUUCCUGAGACGCUGAGAGGAGCAGUGAAUCCUCUGCUGAGCAGGAGGAGGAGAAAGAAGAAAGAUAAACCGAAACCAGAAGGAGGAGUCGUCAAGACCAGUUUCAAGAAGAACAUUCAGGGGAAGAACCCGCUGAAGAGUUUCCGUUACACCGGAGGAAGAAACAGAAAAGGCAAAAGCAGCUAGUCGUAGCUGCUGCUGCUGUUCACAUGACUGUAUCAGACCUGGAUGAUUUCACUGUGCAGAGACUUUAUCUGCAGCUCUGUUGGGUCGACAGUAUAAACUAUACAGUAUGAACUCUGGAUGUGACCUGUUGAAGCUGUUUGGGCCAACGACAAAAUGGACUACGAGCUCUGACUUACGUGGACUUUGGAGGAAAAUGCAAGAAACAUCAGUUUGAAGCUGGAUUUUUCAAAUCCAGAAAGAUUAUGAGAGGAAUAAAGUGUCUUUAUUAUCUGUUUCUUUAAUUCUUCUGUUCUGGAAACAUUGAAAAUGUUUAUUAAAAUAAAAUGAUUUCUUCUCAAA